CAAUCCACCGCUUCAACGUUUUCACAUUCAAAUUGACCCUUAAACAACCAUGACGUAACAAGAAAAGAAAUUCUACUAUUGCAUUUACUUUGGAAUCCUCGUUUUCUGUAUCUGAAACUAAAACAGUAUUGACCCUUUUCAGGGUAAUCUUCUGUGACAUCUCAGUGGGGCUCCUCUGCAACACUUCACUUUCCACUUCCCUUCUCUAAAUUAUUCUUUCUUAUAUGCAAUAACGCAUUUAUGACCAACUUUUAAGUCGGUUUACUUCUACAACACUCUUCUUCUUUUUCUCUCUCUUACACAUCUUCUUACUUACUCUUGUGGUGAUGAAAAAUAGACUCUGAAUUUGUUUUCAUCGCUCUUGGUUCUACGAGGGUAUUAAAGACAGUAUUUAGAAAAAGACAAAGGUUUGAGUUAUUAUUAAAUGUGGUGAAUUUAUUGUUGUUCUCAUGGUUUGGUAAUGAGUUGGUGAGAGUGAGAAAUGGGUAAAGCUCCUUGUUGUGACAAACAUGGAGUGAGAAGAGGAGCUUGGACUCCUGAAGAAGAUCAAGCUUUGGCUGACUAUAUCAACAAACAUGGCCAUGGAAGUUGGCGUACACUUCCUAAGCAUGCAGGUCUCUUAAGAUGUGGAAAAAGUUGUCGGCUUCGAUGGAUAAACUAUCUUCGUCCUGGCAUCAAGCGUGGCCCGUUUACGAAUGAAGAAGAAACUACUAUUAUUCAACUUCAUGCCAUGCUUGGCAACAGGUGGGCUGCUAUAGCAUCUCAGCUACCCGGAAGAACAGACAACGAGAUUAAGAACUACUGGAACACGCAUCUAAAGAAGCGCGUACCUCGGUCACUAGGGGAAAAACAUCCAUGUCUUAUUCCUGAUAGGAAUGUUCAGUCGAAUGCUCCUUCUACGCGCCACAUGGUACAAUGGGAAAGUGCGAGGGUUGAGGCAGAGACAAGGUUGUCGAUUGAAUCCACAUUGCACAAUUCAGGCUCUACGACGGAAACAUGUCCGGAUUACUUUCUUAAACUUUGGAAUUCUGAUGUUGGUCAGUCCUUCCGUAUGAUCAAGGGAAAGGAGGAACUGGUGUCCCAAAGUUUAGUCUCACAAGCAUCUGCUUCAUCACUAUCAUCGGCAAAGUUAGACGAGUCAUGUUCAGAUGUCUCGUCGCAGGUAAAAAACACUCAAAGCCUUACUAAAUUGUCAACAACACCAAAGCUUGAAGUUGACAACAUGAAUAAGGAACAAAACACGUCUCGUGAACAAACAAUAAGCAGCUAUAAACCAAAGCUUGGAGACGAUAGAGCUGGUUCAGAUUCAGGAAAUUAUGAAUUUCUUGAUACUUCUGAUUCUGCACUAAAGCACCUGUUACAUAUGCCUGAUGAUAUUGAAUUCUUGGGACACACUGACAAUUUCUUGAAUCUCCUUGAUGGUAGAUAUGACUAAGAUACUCUCCUCCAUAUGAUAUAGUAUAUGAUAGAAUAGUUAGUUAUCUUCAUUUUAUGUUAUCUUCAUUUUUGUAAAUGCAUCCACUAGGCAAGUACUCAAAUGUGCAUUUCGGUUACAUGAAUUUGGAUCUUAUGUUACUGAUUAUGGAUUA